AACGUAGAACCUCACAUUCCUAUCCGCGCUUAUCGCCAUGGCCCUCACCCGGGCCCAGAUAGCGGCCCAGAAGCGGCCCUCACCGAAGAAUCAAGAAGUACAGCCCCUAGAAAUCCAGUCGCGCCAGAGCCCAAUUCGAAGGCGCGAUCGCAUCCAUAACCAACCCGUAUCCAAGCCUAAUUGUUUACGGCAGCUACCAUUAUCCGCCCCUCAAAGUUGUAAACGCAAACAAACACUUUACCACACGACCAAGCACAGCUCAGACCAAUGCUACAAGCGCCAGCGAAAGUCAUGCACAUCACUUCUAGGUCAAACGUCGGCGAGCCAGCAAUCGACAACGGUGAUCCCACACACUCCAACCCAGUCGCAUUCUGGGCGAAGAAAGGGCAGUGGCCGAAGGACCUGUCCAAAGCCGGAACCACCUUGGAGAUAGUUCCUAUUAUGGAUCGUCUAUUCGCGCGCAAGAAAUCCUUGUCCGGCGCGUCGCGCAAGCGAUCCAAUUCUGCCACUUCCACAACACCGAGCGACCAGAAGCCGCGGGAAGAAAAGAGCGCACCGUAUGGAAACGCGCGGUACUCGCGCCUACUUCAAACCAAAGGCUCGUACAUGAAAAAGUCUGAACUAGAUAUUACAGAUGCGAGCAAGGCUUUUGUCAGGACACUGUUUGAAAGGGAACAAAAUCUUCCCACCGGGACUUAUUGUAAUGACGAUAUCUUCGCGGAUGCUUGUCAAAUUCUCGAGGAUAUAAAUAAAACUAGGGUUAUCCAAAAUAUUUCCCGGCUCAUCGUUCCAUCGGCGGAAUCACUUGGGCUCCGUAACAAAAGUUACAAACACCUUAUCGAAAGCGUUAACGCAGGGUGGAACAACUUAAUGCCGCUUAUCGGUACCCGUCCACAACCCGACUACUCCGUUGGUUUCAGACGAGAGGGAUUUACCAACGGCCAGCUCAGAAAGCUGUCGCCAUUUAUCGGCGAGGUUCUCUUUGGGGAUAAAUCCUUUUUUAUGGCUACGUACUACAUAUACUUUCCGUUUCUUACGUGUGAGGUGAAAUGCGGCGCCGGAGCAUUUGAUGUUGCAAACCGGCAAAACGCCCACAGCAUGACACUCGCGACGCGUACCAUCGUCGAGCUUUUUCGUACUGUGAAGCGCGAGUCUGAAAUUAACCGUGAGAUUCUCGCAUUCUCAAUCUCGCACGAUCACAGGUUAGUGCGGAUUUACGGCCAUUAUCCCGUAAUAUCCGGGGAAGAUACGACAUACUACCGUCACCCGAUCCACGAGUUUUCUUUCACCGCGUUAGACGGCAAGGACAAAUGGACAGUUUAUCGGUUUACCAAAAAUGUCUACGACACAUGGAUGCCUGCUUAUUUCCAGAGAAUCUGCUCCGCCAUUGAUCAAUUGCCAUCGGAGGUGGACUUUGAUGUUCCGCUCCUUUCCGAAGCCACAGGGUUUUCUCAAGAACUAGAAUCUCUGAUGCAAUUAGAAAGUGGCUUCACCUCAGAGCCUGUCGCAGAGGUCUUGCCUUCGAAUGAUGUUAAGCAGCAAGGGCCAACUCAGGAUACCUCAUGCGCAGGGCCAGGGGUGACGAAAAAGAGGAAGGGCUGAGUUAAUCUCCCUUCGUCGGCACUGCGUUACAGCAUAUUGUUCUAGACAGCUUGACACGAAUUCGUUUUUUACAAUCGCGUUCCAACCUGAAGUAAUCGCUCCUCCCACCUGGACAGCUGCGAACACAGUCGCAGCCCCGUAACCUACAUGGGUGCUGGCAGUUAUUGGCGCUCGGGGUAACUGGCCUGACUUUGGUAUCGCGGUUGAGGCGACUUUCCGUGUGCACCCGGAGCGGGAUAAACUGCCAAUAUGAUUGGGAGUACGAUCUGGAGGAUUUGGUUAAGCAGGAAACGAUUUGCGCAUUUACCAGUUGGAUGGCCAUUUCUCUGACGCGGACACUUAACACGGACGUUAGCGGGGCUUUUUGCGGUAUAUAAACACCACCGAUAAGGCACGGCCCGAAGAUUGGAUCCGUUGCUGUUGGUCCGGGAGGCGACGGCGGGCCGCUAUGGCGCUUGCAUUUACGACCGAAAGGGCAGUUGUAACCCCUCGUUGAGUACCGCACGG